CGAAGCAAGAGAGGAGAGAGGGCUAAGCAAAAAAAAACCGGCCCGAUCGGUGGCCUGAAAACCGUAUCGAAAUGUGGGCUUUAGGUUGGUUAAAACGGACUUCCGGCCCAAAGUCUCAGGUUUUGUCCAAGACCGAACCAAAUUGGGUAGCAGAUUUUUAUGGUCACGUCGCCCUCAGGAUACAACAGCUCAACCUUCUUGUUGUGUCUUUACAAGUAUUGCACUCUUGCAAAGAAAAUUCUGCACCACCAACUUUUCCUUUACCCAAAAAAGAGUUUCACCAACCUGGCUCUCUGCUCAGGGGAACGCGCACCCAGGGCAGCGAAUGCUGCUGUCACCUCGUUGAUGCUGAGGCACUGAAUUUUCAGCAUGAUAGGGCAGCUGUUGCUGGGGGUAACUUCCGUUCACUGCGGAGUCUUGUUGUUGUCACCAAAAAACGGCAGGCAGGAUUCUCGGCUGAAGGUUGCACUAAGGUGGACACUGGAAACCUGCAAAACAGGAAAGCGUGCUUAGCUGGAGAUCGGAGUUGGUCCCCAACUUGGCACUCCAACACUCAAUAAAAGAUAUGGAUCUAUGCAGAGAAAACUGUUUCUUCUGGGUGUGUGAUUGAAGAGCUCGAGGAAGGAGUAAGUCUGAAAGAGAAGACGUGAGUGUGUGUGAUGAGAGAGAAUGAGUGGAGAGGAUACCUAUUCUUCCAAUCAGAAUGUGCUACUUGUCCAUUCCAGAGUAUUUUUCAAGCAAAUCAAUUACUCGGAAAUAU